CAUGUGAUUUCACCAUCGUGGUUGACGGCACUGAAUUUAAAAGCCACCGGGAAAUCCUAAGUUCAACUUCAAAUUACUUCGACGCCUUGUUUAGAAGCAACAUGAGGGAGACAAAAGAAGGGAGGGUGGAGCUACAGGGUAUGACAAGUGAGACUUUCGCUGUUGUGUUAAAUUUCAUCCACCAGCGUGUCCAUGGUCUGACGGCUGAUAACAUUGAUGACAUCUGGGAGGCGGCAAAUCGUCUGGAUAUAGCAAUAUAUCUUAAAGAAAUAGAACAAUUUGUGAUUGAGAAUUUAUCAAUUGAUAACAUAUGGCAUUUUUAUUUAAAAGCUGUCAAUUACAAUUCUAACAAUGUCAAAGACGGUUCGCUAAUAUUCAUGAUGAAAAACUACGAGCACGUUUUUAGAAUGAAAGAGUUUCUGAAUUUGCCUUUUUCUUCAGUGUUAUCUUGUAUUGAAGGUGACGAGUUGAAUAUCAAAACAGAGGACUCAGUUCUGGAGUCAAUUUUAACCUGGGUUUCAAACGGAAAUAAUUACAAACAAGGUGCUUGUAUGACGCGUGAUUGCAGCGAAAAGAAAAUCGCGUGUAAGGAUGAUGGACUCCAGAACAGUGAGGGUCACUCUCGUGAAGUCACUAUUUCUGUUGGUCAUAUUUGUGACUCAGAAACUGUAGCUGAGGAUGGCGAAACAGCAACUGACAAGCCUGGCAGAAAACAAGGUCAGCACGAUGACGUCAAAAACGAAGAACAAACUGGUGACGUCACAAAAUGUAGCCGGAUAGGCGAUCGAGCAAGUUAUCUCGCCAAACUCAUGUCAAGUGCCAAACUUACUUUAGCCACAGAAAGUUACCUAAGGAGUUUACUCACAAACCCCUAUAUAAUCCAAUGUCCAGAUGCCUAUCACGGAGUACAAGAAGCCCUGAACUACAAGUGUGGGGUGUAUCCUUUAGAGAGCGCAACAUUAACCCCUCUUAGAGCGAGCAGCGGAAAGAGAAAUGCCUUGGCGUUCGUAAAAGAGGAUUCAUGUCUUCACCUCUACGAUUUAGAGAACAGGGCUUUUAGUAAAAUCAAGCCUGAGAAUUUUAAAGGACGAUACAGAAACAUUGUGUCUGUCGCCUCGCUGGGGUCUAAACUUUGCUUCAUAUGCGAAAGGUACUUAAGAAAAUGUCCUUUCGCCAAUCACAAAUGCCGCCUAGCGACUGUCCUUUUGUUAAACGAGAAUAAAACGUUGUCCACAUUGUAUGAAUUGUGCGGUCAAUACAACUCGUUGAAAACUUUAUUCUGUGUGAAUAACAAAUUUUUUUGCGUAAAAGAAAACGAUCGAUAUGCUGCAACUAGAAGUCGAAUUAUGAAUCCAGAUUUACUAAGCACAGUCGUAUUAAACUCUGAAAGGGUUUUUCUCUCUUCCUGUGCUUUUGAAAACGAUAUUUUGAUGAUUAUUUUCGAAGGUUUUGUAACAAACCAACCUAACGAAUUACUAGUCCACACUUACAAUCUGGAAACUAAGUCCCUAACAGCAACCAAAAUACCAAAUGUUGGUAGAUUAGAUUUUAUUGCUGUUGCAAUACACAAAGACAAAGACACGUUUCUUUUACUCUCAAGUGGAGUUUUACUUUCGAUCAAGGGAGGUUCUGACAAUGCAAUUAAAUUCAACCCUGUAGUCCAUCUUUGGACAAAUAUUAAUUUGAUGCUAAACGGAGCUGUGUGCUAUAAAAAUGAGCUGACUUUGUUUUGUAUAGCAAGCCGUGUGCCCAAUUGGACGAUUUUGUCGUCCGUGCCGGGACUGUUUGAGAAGAUCAGUGUCGUCGAGCCGACGGAGGAGAUGUGGACAACAAAUAUGGUGCCUGUGAUAGCUCCGUUGUCUUGGUUCGUGUAAAUAGUUGUGAGUUUUUGGCAGUGCUUCUGUUGUUCCAUCAUCUGCUUUCACCAUUCUUUGGAAUAAACGUCGCCAGUCAAUGAAAACCAUCGUAUGUCGUCAAACACAAUAUGCCAAAAAAAA